AUGCCCUACUCUCCCAACUUCGUGGACGGCAUUGCUGUCGUGGUCGCGCUCUACAUCGUUUCUCGUCUCGUCGCAAAGAAGCCCGUCGGUCCUCUCCCCCCAGGCCCCAAGCCCCUCCCCCUCCUCGGCAACAUGCUCGACAUGCCCCAGAGCCACGAGUGGAAAACCUUCGCCCAGUGGGGUGAUCGCUUUGGCGACAUCUGCUCCGUCUCUAUGCUCGGCAACACAUACGUCAUUCUCAACUCCUCCAAGCACGCAUUUGCCCUCCUCGACAAGAAGAGCGCAAUCUACUCUUCACGCCCGACCAUCCCUAUGGGCGGUGAGCUCGUCGGCUGGAACCGCACUCUCGUACUCCUCCCUUACGGCAACAACUUCCGCGAGUACCGCCGCCUCAUCUUCCAGCUCAUCGGCUCCCGCAAGAACAUGGAGCGAUUCCAGCCCAUCGUCGACAACGCCACCCGCGACUUCGUCCUCGACCUCGCCCAGACUCCCGAAAAGCUUGUCAAGCACAUCCAGAACUGCGCGGGAGCCAUCAUCCUCAUGAUGUCGCACGGAUACCAGAUCCAAGGCGAGAACGACCAGUUCGUUGCUACCGUCGACGAGGCCAUGGAGCAGUUCGCGGUCAGCACCUCUGCGGGUGCCUUCAUGGCGAACAUCUUCCCUGCUCUUGUACACGUGCCGGCUUGGUUCCCUGGUGCCAGCUUCAAGAAGACUGCCGCAGCCUGGCGUGCUACCUUGGACGAGAUGUGCGACAAGCCUCAUGAGUGGGUCAAGAAGCAGAUGGCGGCCGGCACCGCGAUUCCAUCUUUCACGUCGGAUGCGCUCGAGGGUGGAGUGACCCCCGAACGCGAGCUGCUCAUCAAGAACGCCGCGUCGUCGCUCUACGCCGGAGGUGCGGACACGACCGUGUCCGCUAUCCAGACCUUCUACCUCGCCAUGACCCUCCAUCCCGAGAUCCAGGAGCGCGCGCAGGCCGAGAUCGAGCGUGUCGUUGGCAUGGACCGCCUCCCGUCCGCGGAGGACCGCGACAACCUCCCGUACGUCGAGGCGAUCUUCCGCGAGACCCUCCGCUGGAACCAGGUCGCUCCCCUUGCGGUCCCCCACGUUUUGAUCGAGGACGAUGUCUACGAGGGCUACCACUUCCCCAAGGGCACCAUCUUCAUCGCGAACGUCUGGAAGAUGCUCCACAACCUGGAGACCUACCCCGACCCCUUGGCCUUCAACCCGGACCGGUUCAUAGCCUCGCCCGGGCACGCGCCCGAGGUCGACCCGCGCGAGAUGGUGUUCGGGUUCGGGCGCAGGAUCUGCCCCGGCCUGCAGCUCGCGGACUCGUCGGUGUGGAUCACGAUCGCGAUGUCGCUCGCCGUCUUCCGCGUGGAGAAGCCGGUGGUGAACGGCACGCCCGUCGAGCCCGACACCGAGUUCACGACCGGCACGGUCUCGCACCCGCCGCCGUUCGAGUGCGUGGUCAAGGCGCGGAACGCGAAGGCGGAGGCGCUCCUCCAGCACGUCGCCGUCGAGCGCGCGCAGGCGAAGGCGCAGCGCUGA